CUGGCGCGGCGCGGAGAUUGGGAGCCUCUGCGCUGGGGGCGGGCCCGGCUCCGGUUUAAUCUCCGGCUCCGCCGGGAUUACGGCUGUAGGAUAGUCUCUAAUCCUCGGCACCGGCCAGCGGGGGCUGUUCGCCCCAUCCCGCAGCAGAGGCACUGUUGGAGAGGGGGCAGAGCCCAAGAAGAGUCCAGAGCAAGCCCAGCCACCUCCCCACCAUGGAUACUAGAAACGUGCCCCUCCAGGCUGAGAUGGUGGAGCUGGUGCCCAAUGGGAAGCAUGUGGCUGCACUCACUGCCUCUGCUGUGCCCUCUCUGACAGGUGACAGGUUUGAGGAGAACCAGUCUGGUACAGCAGAGAUGGAGGAGUUCCUGCCCCAGGGUGCUGAGAAGAAGCAGACACACUUCACUGAUUUCGAAGGGAAGACGUCUUUUGGGAUGUCUGUCUUCAACCUGAGCAAUGCCAUCAUGGGCAGUGGCAUCCUGGGGCUGGCCUAUGCCAUGGCAAACACUGGCAUCAUCCUCUUCCUCUUCCUCCUGACGGCGGUGGCUCUGCUUUCCAGCUACUCCAUCCACUUGCUGCUCAAGUCCUCUGGCAUUGUGGGCAUCCGUGCCUACGAGCAGCUGGGCUACCGAGCCUUCGGCACACCAGGGAAGCUGGCUGCAGCCAUUGCCAUCACGCUGCAGAACAUUGGAGCCAUGUCCAGCUACCUGUACAUUGUCAAAUCUGAAGUGCCUCUCGUCAUCCAGACCUUCCUCAACCUGGAGGAGAAGACCACGGACUGGUACAUGAAUGGGAACUACCUGGUGAUCCUGGUUUCUGUCACCAUUAUCCUGCCCCUGGCCCUCAUGAAGCAGCUGGGCUACCUAGGCUACGCCAGCGGCUUCUCCCUCAGCUGUAUGGGCUUCUUCCUCAUAUCGGUCAUCUACAAGAAGUUCCAGAUCCCUUGCCCGCUUCCAGACCAGGAUGGGAAUUCUACAGGUAGCCUUAACAAUACCCUGCUCAGCACUAGUGACUACCAGAAUGGCUACACCGUCCUCCAGGCACCUGAGCAAGACACCUGCAGCCCCAGCUUCUUCACCCUGAAUUCCCAGACAGCAUACACCAUCCCCAUCAUGGCCUUUGCCUUUGUCUGCCACCCUGAGGUUCUGCCCAUCUACACUGAGCUGAAGGACCCCUCCAAGAAGAAGAUGCAGUGCAUCUCCAAUAUCUCCAUCAUGGUUAUGUACCUCAUGUACUUCCUGGCUGCCCUCUUUGGCUACCUCACAUUCUAUGGUCGGGUGGAAUCAGAGCUGCUGCACACGUACAACAAGGUGGACCCCUUUGAUGUGCUCAUCCUGUGCGUGCGGGUGGCCGUGCUGACAGCUGUCACCCUCACUGUCCCCAUCGUCCUCUUUCCGGUGCGCCGGGCAAUCCAGCAAAUGCUGUUUCAAGGGAAGGACUUCAGCUGGAUCCGCCACAUCACCAUUGCCGUGGUCCUGCUGACCUUCAUCAACCUUUUGGUCAUCUUUGCCCCCUCCAUCCUCGGCAUCUUUGGCUUGAUCGGUGCCACUUCUGCUCCCUGCCUCAUCUUUAUCUUCCCGGCCAUCUUCUACAUCCGCAUUAUGCCCAAGGACAAGGAGCCCUUGCGUUCCACUCCAAAAAUCCUGGCUGCCUGUUUUGCCCUCCUCGGGGUGCUCUUCAUGAUCAUGAGCUUGAGCUUCAUCAUCAUCGACUGGGCCACAGGCGGGGGGAAGAGUGGUGGUGGCCAUUAGCCAGCACCGGGUGCCCACGCCAACCUCCCCCCACCUGCUGGAAGAGCCGGCCCCAGGUUCAGCCCCUGUGCCACGGCCCUGCUGGGCUUCCCUGAGGACCUUGUGCUGUUGCUGCCCAUCACCAGUGGUGGUGGUGAGGGGGCAUGAGCCAUGGCAGGUGUGGGGACCCCUCCCUGCUCUGCGCCUCAGUUUCCCCAUCUGUAAAAUGGGGAGAAUAAUACUGCCCUACCUCACCGGGAGCUGGCUGUCAGGUGGAGCUCAUCUCUGCAUACCCAGAGUGGCCAGCAGCGGGCACUGCCAGGGGCAUGGGGCACUGCCUGCCAUGGGGGCCAAGGAAUGGGUUACUUUCCUGGCAUUGGAGCCCUAAUGAACAGUGUCUGCUUGGGGCUGGAGUUCAGUGGGGUGGUUGGACCUGUAGCAAUGCCUGUGCUGCCCAAGACACCAGCCCUCUUGCCCUGCCAUCCUCUGGUACUUGGCAGGAUGCCACCCCACUGCUCCAGCAUCAUGGGGGCACUGUGGCCACUGUGGGCAAGUGUGGUCCUGCUGCUGUGGUUGGCAGUACCCAGACUGCUGGUCUUGAGCCUUCUUGGGGAAUAGUCAGUUGGUUCCUGAUGCCCAUGGAUGGGACCCCAUUGAUCCCCAGGCCAUGCUUGGGGACUGGCCACAUUGCUUUAGGGAGGCAACAUGCCCACCAAGGGCUUGGCACCCGCUGGCACCCUGCCAGUGUUGCAACUUGGCUGCCCAGUGCACAGGUGGGAGGGCUGGGGCCCAGC